GUCUCUUCGCAGAAGCUUAAGAUAAAGUACACCAUCAUAUACGGAAGAACAGACGAGCUCACAUUCAUUUCUAAAUUGUAGAUUACUUCAACACCAAAGGAUGCUUCCACCUGCCCGUCCUAAAAGGACUUCUAGAGGUAGUAUUUAUGAGUCUAAAUCUCAAGAUGCCAGUCCAGACGUACCAUUGCCUCCCACAUGCAGAGGGAUGGUUCCUAAGGGGAGGCGGGGCGAACUGAGCGAAAACGCAAGUUCAGAGGAUGACAUUGCACUAGCAUUUCAGGAACCGUGUUCCUUCUCACCCUCAAUCUCGUUGACACCCUCUCAGCAGCAUCCUUUAGGUGAAUGUGCCGAAAGGCAGCUACGGUCUAAAGAGCGGCCUAGCAUUCACCCAUUUCACGAGUCUCAUUAUGGGCUGCUUACUCUUGCCGCCACCGUCGCGAUGCAGUCUGCAGACUCUCAGAUCGCAGGAGCACUUUUGGAGGGCAUUUUAAGCACCUUGGUUGCGGUGGCAGCGACAAUAGAAGAUGGGAGAGUCAAGGAUACCGAUGAGGCCGGUCAUCUUGUCUGUCAGGACGUACAGGCGGCUGGAGAUGUGCCGCUUUACACUUGUUACCCAGAACUAAAAGCUCUACGAGAGAUUAACAAUGUGCGGAAGGCGCUGUAUAGCCUGCAGACAUGUCCACCACACGCUCGGGUCACAUUUUAUUACUUAUUAGAAUAUCAUAUUCGUGGACUUUAUGAAGUUAUUCCCGACCCUUUAUUCGAAGCCUUUUUCGCUGUUUUGAGUUGCACUCUAAAACAUCACACUUCUUUCAUAACGAAAAGUCGAAUGCGGUUGUUCGAGGUACAACUUCUCAAGACGGUAGAGGCUGUACAGACAGAGAUUUUGAAGAGAACAAAGAUGCUUACUGAGAGAGCUACCAUUAUCACACUACGCUUUAGACACACUAUUCCCUAUGCUUCUUAGUCUUUGCAAACAAACAAAUCAAGAAAGAAUUUAUACUUUCAGGGGGAGUCGAUUCUCGAGAUCCAAUGCACCUUUGCUGCUGAUAGAAGUACUAUAUACUUUUAUGCAUAU